AUGAGCCCUGCAAACGCUAUCGGCGCUCUUGGAAGUCCGGUUGCUUUCCGCGAGGUCGCACCUGCCGCCGCUAUAGUCUCCACGGACUCGCCUGCCGGAGUCGCGUUGUUUCCGAACGAGGCAGUCCAAUUGACCAACGACGUCCUGGAUGCGGCUGCUCGCCAGAUAAGUGAGGUUGAAGUGGUUUCACUUUUUGGCUUCGACAAUGAGGAGAAGACGACGCAUGGGAUCAGCAGCGGUCAAUGCAAAGUCUUUCCAGGCGAUUCCGACUAUCCGGAAGAAAGCGUAUGGUCUACCUUCGACAACCUGCUGGGAGGAGCGCUCAUCAAGACGACUCCCAUCGCUGCACCAUGCUACAAGGACUCGGCCUGGAAUGACUAUGACGAGGCGAAAUGCGCAGACAUCUCAGCCAGAUUCACCACCUCUGAUCUCCACACAAGCGACCCGACCUCAAUGAUGUGGCCGCUCUUCCAGGGCCGCACGUGCAUGCCUACCGACGACCCCAGUGGCACCUGUUCGCUAGGUGGCUAUGCAUCUUACUCGAUCAAUGUCGAGAAUGUUGCUCAGGUGCAGCUUGGUGUCAACUUUGCUCGCAACAUGAACCUCAGGUUGACUGUCAAGAAUACUGGGCACGACUAUAUUGGAAAGUCGUCUGGCGCGGGGGCUCUCAAUAUUUGGACACACAAUCUCAAGGACAUCCAGUUCAUUGAGAAGUACGAUUCGGAUGAGUACAGCGGCCCGGCGUUCAAGGCUGGUGCUGGUGUCCAAGGGUUUGAGAUCCUGGAAGCUGCCCGCGAUCACGACGUGACGGUCAUGGCUGGUAUCUGUGAAACUGUUGGAUGGAGUGGUGGUUAUGUCACCGGAGGUGGCCACUCACCUCUCGCAUCUAUCUACGGCAUGGCUGCUGACCAAGUUCUCGCCUUUGAAGUCGUCACCGCUGACGGGCGCUUCGUAACUGCCUCUGACUCCCAAAACUCCGAUCUCUUCUGGGCCCUUCGCGGAGGAGGCGGUGGAACGUUUGGUGUUGUGACUUCGGUCAUCGCCAAAGCCCAUCCGAGAAUACAUGUUACCAAGUCUGUCUUCUCUUUCCAGGCCCCAGUCAACGACUCUGCCAACUUCUGGAAGGGCAUCAAUGCUUACAUGAAGCGAUUCCCCGAGUACACCAACGCUGGCACGUAUUCUUACUUCUGGAUCUGGAACUACGGUACGACGCUCGACUUCCAGAUGACACCCUUCUUUGCGCCAAACCACACUAUUGAGUCCUUCAAUGCGCUUACGAAGGACUUCUUCGCCGACCUCAAGUCUUUCAACAUCUCGGUAACCCCCAACACGACCUACCACAACGACUUUUACUCUGCCAACAAAGGCUCAUGGGGCGCGGAUACACUCGGUGUGACCACCAUUCGUCAAGCUACCCGUCUCUUCCCCAAGAGCCUUUGGGUAACCGAAGAGAAAUUCAACUCUUUCUACACCACCAUCAAGGACACAGUGAUGAACGGUCAUACGGUCGGCGGUUACCACAUGGCUCCGGGUAACCCUUUCAAGGUUGACAAUGCUGUCAAUGAAGCGUGGCGCAACACCCAGUCUUUCUUGAUAACCGCAAACAUGGUUCCAGAGAACGCAACACCGGCUCAAUUGAAGGAAGCAUCCGACUACCUUACGUACGACAUCAUGGACUCGUGGCGUGCAGUCGCUCCGGCGUCCGAGUGUGGCGGCGUCUAUCUCAACGAGGCAGAUAUCCAAGAGCCAAACUGGCAAACCGAAUUCUAUGGCGUGAAGAACUACCCCAAGCUACUCGCGAUCAAGAAGAAGUGGGACCCGAAGGGCGUCUUCUACGCAACCACAGCCGUUGGCAGCGAGGACUGGGAAAUCAGGGAUGGCGAGCAGGGGACUCAAACUCAGAACGGACGAUUAUGCCGUGUCUAA